GGAGUAGGAACAAGGUAAGCAAAGAGUCUGACCUUGUUUUCUUCUUGGCUUUGUUAUCAACUGGUUCUUCUUACUUCAUGAAAGGAAGACCGAGAUAUAAUGAGUGCUCUGUUUUUAUUCCUGAAGGUCAAGGAGUUUGUACAGUUGAGUAAUGUAUAUUAUGCUGGGAGCCAUGGGAUGGACAUCAUGGCACCACCAAGGCCGGUUAAGUCUUUCGACGGCAACACCCCAACUGUCGUAAUGGACAAGAAGGGAACUGAAGUGCUCUUUCAGCCUGCAAAGAGUUUUCUGCCUACCAUUCAGAAGAUAUUGACAGAACUGGAGGAGGAAACAUCAAAGAUAAAAGGGGCCAGGGUGGAGGAUAAUCAAUUUUGUGUGUCUGUACAUUUUCGGCAGGUCAAGGAUGAGGAUUAUCAAAAUCUGGAGGAGAAAGUUAGGUCUGUGCUGGAGAACUACACAGGGUUUCACUUGUGCUGGGGGAAAAAGGUUAUGGAGAUAAGACCAACGAUAGAGUGGGACAAAGGUCAUGCUGUGGAGUAUUUCCUAGAGAGUUUAGGGCUAAGUAACUCUGACGUACUUCCAGUCUAUAUCGGUGAUGACCGGACAGAUGAAGAUGCUUUCAAGGUGAUACAACAAAGAGGACAAGGAUACCCUAUCAUCGUAACUUCCACCCCUAAGGACACUAAAGCAUCCUACUCCCUAACCGACCCAUCCGAAGUUUUGAGUUUUCUGCUACGCCUGGCGAGGUGGAGGAAAUCCUCGAGCUCAAGCAGAUCGCUCAACCAAAUAUGGGGUGUAGUCAACUGACACCAGGCAAUAGGCAACAACAGGCAUAUAGUGGAGAUAAAGCUCAUACAUAGAAAGCAGUAGAUAAGCAAUCAAUCCGAGUUCAGGAACUAUAAGUAACUACAGAAGUUCCAGCUUGUAGUUUUAGCAAGAAGUCACAGCUGGAACUCAGUUUUCGAUUCCAAGUCCUUCGAAUCUCGCCUCCGUGUUUUUUAGCUGGUGGCUGGAGUUGAAAUUGACUAUGGAAAACUAUGAACUCAGUUUUUUUUUUACCUUUCCUUUCCUUUUUUGUUGAAUCAAGAACUCUGCUGGACUCUUGAGAAAACCCUUGUUUUCAACCUCGGUUGUAAUUCCAUCGAACAGAGUCUAUCGA